CCUGAUUGGCCCUCCCAGUGCCACUCAGUGACAAAUCAGACAGUAUCAGCUACUCGGUCAUCUUUGUGUCAGCUGAUCAGUCAGAGACACUGGAGCUGUCAGAGACAAGAUGAGGCUGCUACCGGUUGUUGUUACAGUGUCACUAACGGUGGCGGUUGCCUAUUACGUUUACAUCCCGCUACCUGAUGCCAUCCAGGAGCCUUGGAAGUUGAUGCUGCUGGAUGGUGGAUUCCGAGCAGCGAUGCACCUGGCCUCUCUAAAGCAUUGGCUGGGCUUUGACCAUUACAUCACAUCAAUCAGACAAUCCACAGAGGGCUUCGAGGGUGUCAUGAAGAGGUUUCUCGGCUCUGAGUCCGGCGGAGGGGUUAUGCCCGGAGUGAAAGUCAGCGACAUCGAUUUCGCUGGCAUCCCAGUGCGUGUUUACGAGCCCCCGGCUGGAGGGGAGGGCCACCUGAGGAGAGGGUUGAUGUUUUUCCACGGAGGGGGCUGGGCUCUCGGCAGCGCCAAGAAGGGGUCAUAUGAUGCCAUCAACCGGAUGGUGUCUGACGAGCUCAACACCGUUGUGGUCUCUGUUGAGUAUCGUCUGUAUCCUGAGGUGCACUUUCCGGUGCCGUAUUUAGACUGCCUCGCGGCUGCCAAGCACUUCUUAUCUCCAGAGGUUCUGGCCAGAUAUACCAUCGACCCUGAGCGUGUGGCCGUGUCUGGGGACAGUGCAGGGGGAAACCUGGCUGCAGCAGUUGCUCAGGAGGUUUCCAUUGAUGACAGUAUGAGCGUGAAAUUCAGUGUCCAGGCUUUGAUCUAUCCAGUGCUCCAGGCUCUGGACUUCAACACACCUUCUUAUAUUCAGAACCAAAACAUGCCCAUCCUCUACCGGCCCGUCAUGGUCCGGUUCUGGCUGCAGUACCUCAAUGCUGACCUUUCCCUGCAGUCCCAGUUGCUGGUGAACAACCACAGCUCUUUACACCAUUCAAUCAUCACCCCAGAGCUUAGGGCACGGCUAGAUUGGUCUGUCCUCCUGGCCCCGAAAUACAAGAAGAACUACAAGCCUCUCGUCGUGGAAAAGGAGUCACAGGGGGUUGUGAAGGAGGUCCCGGGGUUGCUGGAUGUACGGGCGGCACCGCUGCUGGCGGGGCCGGAGGUUUUGGCUAAAGGCCCGCGAGCGUACAUCCUGACAUGCGAGUACGACGUGUUGAGGGAUGAUGGCCUGAUGUAUGCACGGCGCUUACAGGAUGCAGGAGUGACGGUUACCAGCGACCACUACGAGGACGGGUUCCACGGAUGUUUCAGCUUUAUACAGUGGCCGCUGGAAUUUGAUGUGGGGAAGAGGGCGCUCAGGGGUUACCUCAACUGGCUGCAGAACAACUUAUAGAAGUGUGUAUGUGUUUGUGUAAGUGUCUUAAUGGGUGCACGCAUGUGUGCCACUGAUGCACUAUCUCUUGCUUUGUGAAUCAUAGACUCGCUAAGGGCUUGUACAUCUGCUCUUUAUAUAAACAUGUAAGAUCUAAGCUCAGGGCCCUCAUGUUUCUGUAGAUAAACAAAGUCCAUAUGGGUACGUUUCAAGUUUACAUGAUUAUUAGAAGAAUCUUUUAGUUCUGCUAGCAGUUAUCUUUCUGCUGGCAGUGGAGAAGGGCAAAUACCGUAUAUUAACAUAGCUAACACUGUGAUCUGCUAACAAAAAUACUUGAUGCAAGUUUAAUACAAGCAGCUUCAGGAGGCACCAAAUCCACCGAUUCCUCCCCGCACCACAAACACACGAGUAGUAUACUGUAUGUCACAAGGAUUGUAAUUGGUUUUAUACGUAACUUUUAGAAUAAAAGUAUUAUAAGUUAUAAAUUCAUGAACUCAUUAAACAGUUUGCAGCACAGUGAUUUAUAGACCCAACUAGUCAUGUUUUUCUAUAAUACUCCACAAAUAAACAAUGCCUUACCAUUGUUGAAGUGCUUAAUUUAUUUAACUAAAACUUAAGUUAAGUAAAUUAAGUUAAAAUAAGUUGUGAUGCGAUCUAGCAGUUUUAAGAGUGUACAGUAUUCAGUGUUAUUGAAAGGAAGAAGAGUGUUCGUGCUAUAUUUUUCUUUUGUGUACUCAGGCUGGAUGUGUGCGUGUGUGUUCGUCAUGGAUGAAAACAACAGAGGAAGCACUUCUUGAAUCUGACAGUAACACAAAGCUGAUGCUCCUGUUGGACAUGCAGAAUAAAUAUUAUAAAUACUCUAACCAAAAAAAGAAUAAAUUUCCAACAGAAAUCAUGGCACACUGCUUUGUUAAGAUACAAACAAAUUGAUUCCUUUUCUUGUGGACAGUAUUCAACUGUUUUUGUGUUCAUUCAACAUCUUGUGCUCCCUGUAUUUAAAAAAACAUGAAACAUGUCUUCCCUCACAAAUGACCCUGGCAUCUGACAAUCAGUAAUAAGAAACAUUAUUCCCUUAAGGUUCAUAACAUUUAUUAUAUACAUUGUUGGCACUUCUAAUAUAUCUGAUUAUGCCCAUCUGGUUUUCUCAGAUACAGAAAGUAUAAUUAAUCAUCUGCAGAGGUACAAAUAAUUUCACCUUUAGUUCUUUUGAACAUUUCACACGGGAUACAAAUUUCCUUUGAGUCUCUGUUCUGCCCAAUGUUGUGAUUUAUGAAGGAACGA